AUGUGGGUUUCCAAAGAAGAAGGCCCACCUGCAGGACUUGAUCAAAGCUUCACAUCCUGCACGAGAUCUUCAGCGAGAUCUUCAAGCAGUACGCGAGGAGAGUCGGUGGAGGUGAACGGAGACGUCGGUGAUGGGCCACUCUCGGCGAGGGAGCUGGGCCAGGGCCGGGAAAGCCCGCCAGGGCGAGCGGCGCGAGCCACGCCUUCUCCGCCGAACACUGCGGUUCCUUCGGGGCCGGAGCCGAACAACCGGCGUCCCACAGACAGUUCGGGGAGCCCCGGCGGGAGCAUUUCCACAGGCCUCUUCCAGGCAGACCGCCAGUGGGAGGCCCUGGAGGGUGGGACGCUGGCGGUACAGCGUGGCACCUGCGUUUGGGUGCUGCAGCUGGAUCCCAACAGCGACUGGGCCCUUGGACAAGUUUUCAAGGACUGGUCGAUGCAGAGCGAUGCUGGCUGGGUCCCCCGCUGUGUUCUGACGCUGGCGCUCUUCCGGGUGUACAGUCCCUACGACUCCUCGGAGCAUGCUGAGGUGCAAGCUUUGGCCUUAAAGCCCGGCGACCUCGUGACGGUGCAAAGUUUCGGCAACGGCUGGAGCUACGGCAACCGCGUAGGGCCCGGCGGUACGGUGGAAGCCUCGGGCUGGUUCCCGCAGACCUGCAUCUUCCAGCCGCUCCCACUGCAAUGA